GGCGCCUUUGCCCCAACGAAAACAUCAGAUUGCCCUGCACCCUCGUCCGCAGAAAGCCAAUACGAAAAUGCCCAUCAUCUCUGGAGACCGUGCUAUCAUCUCAUGCCGCCGACUGGCUGGUUGAACGACCCUUGUGCGCCAGGCUAUGAUUCCGUCCACGAUGUUUAUCACGUUGGCUUCCAGUGGAACCCCAAGAAACCAGAAUGGGGCGAUAUUUCCUGGGGAAGCGCACUCUCAAAGGACCUGGUUUUCUGGAAAACCGGUGUCUUUCCGUCUAUUGAACCGUCAAGAAAACAUGAUGGGGAAGCAGGAGUCUUCACGGGAUGUUGGAGUCCAGUUCCCUCUGUAGCUGGCCGGAGCACUGCAUUCUACACCUCAGCACGGAUGCUUCCCAUCCAUUAUACAAUUCCCUACAACUGGGGUUCAGAAGCGAUUUGCGUUGCCACAUCAGACGACGCCGGUCGUACAUGGCAAAGGGGGCAUGAAUCAACCGUUCUGGAGGGCCCUCCCCGUCAUCUGCAAGUCACAGGCUGGCGUGAUCCAUACGUUGCCAAGUGGCCUUCACUUAGCCGGGUCUUGGGAGAAGAGUCAGAUGAAGUGCUGUUUGGCAUUGUCUCUGGUGGUAUUCGAGAUACUGGUCCCGCAGUCUUUCUCUAUUCUAUCGAUCAAAGCGACUUGACGACCUGGAACUUUCUCUCCGUACUUACUAUAGCACCAACAUUUCGAGAUGCACGUAUUUCACACUGGGAGCCCAACUAUGGUGCAAACUGGGAAGUCGUCAACUUUCUGUCGCUCCCUGACCCUGAUGAUGCAGCAACAAGUCGUGACGUACUGAUCAUUGGCGUUGAGGGGCGUAAGCAAUUCCCUGUCAAGACUUCUGGCCGGCAUUGCCACUCAGAGUUCAGAAGGGAUCAUAGCCAGAUGUGGGUUUCAGGCACCUUGGUGAAGACAUCAACAGGGAUGCAAAUGCAAUUCCGCUCCGGUGGUGCUCUGGACCACGGAGCUAUUUAUGCUGUCAACUCCUUCUACGAUCCAAGAUCCAACCGGCAAAUCGCGUUUGGCUGGAUUAUUGAGGAAGAUUUAUCUGCAGAGCUGAGGAGGACACAAGGUUGGGCCGGAUUGUUAUCGAUCCCAAGGGUCGUCCAGCUGAACAGGAUACGUCAUGUUGUCCAUGCAUUGAAGUCAGAUCUGACAUCCAUCAAGUCAUUUGACUUAGUGCUAGAAGACAAGCCGCAGCAGACAAGGCUGUCCUCUACCAAAAAUCUUCAGACUUAUACAGUCACAACGCUGUGUGCAUUGCCAGACCCCAGGAUCAACACGCUUCGGCAAACACAGCGGUUCCUGGGGUCUAGCGCCUACCACAGCUUACCAGAGGCUCUUGGGAGCUUGGACUUCCCUCUGGGGUGCUCAUGCUGGGAGGCCGACGUGUCGUUCGAUAUUGGCACUGAUAUACAGAGUAUCGGCUUAAUAAUAAGCCACACAAAGGAUUCAGAGUUGCGCACCGUCAUCUCAUUCAGCCCUGACUCGGAGACGCUAAGAAUCACGCGAGCCAAAUCUACCAACAUGGCAGAUAUCUGCGUGGCGGAUGAAGAGGCACCGCAUACCCUCUUUUCGACCUUGUGUCCCGGAACUGGUGCAGUAGCUGAGCCAGUUUGCGCACAGGAGCCCCUGCGGCUCAAUGUAUUCUUUGAUGUGAGUUGUCUGGAGCUUUUUGCCAAUCGAAGGACGGCAAUCACAACGCGAGUCUACCCGGAAAGCAUGACAUGUUGCAACAUUCAGCCCUUUGUGGUAACGAAGGGUGAGCGCCCGUGGUCGGGUAAGUUGCUUGAGUGUACGGCGUGGGAGCUGAAGGCCUCUUGUUAUAAGAUGUAGAUAAAGUGAAACAUGGGCAUCAUCGGAUAUGUAUAUAGCAUCGAUACAUAGGACCGUUUCAGAAUAGAUGUGAAAAGUUGUUCGCUAU